CACUAUCCUAGGAACUGCACGUCAACACUCCUGCAUCUAAACAGAACAUCAUGUUUGUCGUGCUGCUAUUGCUUUUUGUGAGUUCGCAAUUUGUUGGUGUAACUGGUUCAAAUGAAGAAAAUGUCGAGACAUUUGACCAAUUACAAGCCAUUGACAGAUAUAGUAGAGAUCAUUAUGAAGAUGAAGACCCUGCAACCGGCAAUGAUGGCAGAAUUGACUGUGAGACCGACUGCGGUGGAUAUCUUGAAACCCGAAGUAAAUGCAGCCAACAUAAGACUCAAGUAAACUGUUAUACACCAAAGGGAAAAAUAUGCUGCGUCAAUACGAAUUGCCAUGAAGCGGGCGGUGUUUGUCGCGAAGCUCCUCUUGAUGGGGAAAUCGAACUGAGUCCCAAAACACAGUGUCCAUCAGGAAAGAAGUGUUAUGUCAAAACCUGUGAUAAAUGUAAAGGUGAAUGUUUAAAUAUCUGCCCAGCACAGACACACAAAGAGUCUCCUACAAAAUUGUGUCAGUGUGCCGAAAAAAACAAAAAAUGUUGUAUUCCAAUUGAUAGUUGUCAGACCAACGUGUUUUGGUGUCACGACAAACAGUGCAGUGUUGGUAAUAAAUGUGACCCACCCAAAACAAUUGAAUGUAAUGACAAGCCAUGUGUUUGUCCUGCAAAUACAAAAUGCUGUGAAAAAAAUUGCAAUCAAAACAAUGAAAAUGAGGACAAGUGUGCAAAACAGUUUCCAGGUCGAGGGAAGUGUAGAUCAUCACCUGAAUGCAUGUGGGAUGAGACGGAAGUUGGAAGACCUGGCGAGUUCUGUGACAAUGGGUGCAUAUGUUGUAAGAAAAUAUUGCACUGCAGUGCGUGUAAUGGAAAAUGUUUGGAUAACUGUGAGAGUGCUGGUCUGGUAGCUCGGAGAACAUGUAGAUGUGCCGCUGAUGGUGAAGUAUGCUGUGUGAAGAAGCAUGUUGGCCAAGGAGGACAUGAAUUAGGAGACCCCCACUUCGAAACUUUUGAUGGUUUGAAGUUUAAUUUCCACGGGGCCUGUACAUAUAAGUUAUUCCAAGAUUGUACAGAUGAGAAGAAAUUUGCUGUCCAUACUGAACACUACUCUUCAUUUAAUGAUGGUCAUAACAAAACCUAUGUACUUAUGGUUUGGAUUUUCGUACCAUCUGCUGUCAUUGAACUCCAUAAUACCGACGUUAAGGUGAAUGGUAAAUCAGUAUAUUUUUCACUGCCCGUCACCAUUACCGACAAUAUAGAAAUCAGUUUCAAUAAACAAAGAACACGAGUUAUCGUAGAUUAUCCCGGCGUAUUUACCCUCUCGUGGAAUGGAAAUGGUGCUGUGAAAGCCGACCUAGAUGAGGCGUGGCAUGGAAUGGUGUGUGGGUUGCUAGGCGACGCCAAUGGAGAUGAGGAAAAUGAUUUGAAAAUGUUAUUACCUGAUGGCACAUUGAAAUUGACUGACGAUGUCAAAGAAUUUGGAUACAGUUGGGAAGUACCAGGAAGCUGCAGUAAAAUUAAAAGACCGACCAAGGCCGACCGACCGACCGGCCAAUGAAAACAAUUCAAACUAAAUUACGUUGCAUGUUUAAUUUAAAUUUGUAUAGCAUUUGAUUGGUUUCUAAUGUCCAUGGCUCAGUAUGUUUUUGAUUGUUCAGUUAAUCCUUGCUUUUGGUAAUUUCUAUCGGACUCAUAAAGCAACUAAAAUAAACUUUUUGAACUGAUUCAAUUUAUGUUCAUAUGUAACUGUAAACAAAACUAAUAGUGUGUUUAGUUAAGACUGAUUGUUUUUUUGGAAUAAGGUUAUUGAUAUCAAUUGUGUACUUAACUAUCAUUGUAGUAGUCUACUUAUUUUCACUAAAGGUCAAAGUUUAUCGUGGGAUACGAGUUCGGUUGGAGAAAAUUUGCAGAACUUAAAAUAAAGAGCAUCAUUAAGCAUUGGGGAACAAA